AUGGAGUCUACCGAGGCAAAUUAUUCAACCUCUCCAGCCUCGAUCCUCGUGGUCUUGGUGACAAUUAUAUUUCUACUCCACCGAGCAUGGCCGCAUUUAUUUCAAACUAAAGCCGAUAAAGUCACCGAGUCUAUCGCAAUCACAUCUCCACGUAACUUAGACUUGACCGUUUCCAAAGAACCUGAAAUUCCAGAAGGAUGGUGGAGCGGUCGGGAAGUCUUCGAACUCGAACGGCGCGCGCUCUUCAGCCAAACAUGGCUCUAUCUUGCCCACAGCUCCCAGUUCCACAAACCCGGCGCGUAUCAAUCUUUCGACGUUGCUGGGUUUCCGGUGUUCCUCAUUCGCGGUAAAGACGACAAGAUCCGCGCAUUUCAUAAUGUCUGCCGUCAUCGCGCCUACACUAUUACCAGAAAGGAGACCGGUGCCUCAACUGUUCUUGGUUGUCGGUAUCAUGGCUGGAGCUAUGAUACCACUGGUCGGUUGGUGAAGGCUCCUCAGUUUGAUGAUGUUCCUGGCUUUGAUAAGUCGCAGAAUAGUCUGUUUGAGGUUCACACGCAUACCACCGAUCAAGGGAUGGUCUUUGUUAAUCUCAAUUCUGGCGAGCCAGCUGCAUUUGAUAGUCAGGUCCCAUCGACUUUGAGUGGAUUUGCCCACGUACCUGGUCUGGAAGCAAAAUCCAGUUGGGUUUCUGGUCAGACUUUGUCCGGAGACUUUAAUUGGAAGGUUGGAGUACGAGCUUGUCACCUCGAUCCCUAUACCAGCGAGAUACAUCGCAGAAUGUCUGAAGUAUCGGGGCCUUCUCUUAUCAGAAAGCUUUUCAGGUCCAUUAUGGGGAAUAGCACCCGGGAAGAUUGUUCCUUGUUUCCUAUUACAUUUCUGUAUGCGUUUCAAGAUGCGGAUUUAUGGCUCGCCCUUUCAUUCUUUCCCGCCUCUGAGUCGAAGACGCAUAUUCGCUACGACCUUUUCGCCUGCUCCGCCGUCAGUGAACCAGACAUUAAGAAGAUGUCCGAGGUGUUACAGAGCGCGACCAAGAAUUUGAUUGCAGAGAUUGAGCUUGAAUAUCAAUCUAUCUCGACCAAGCAAGGCUCUCCGGGCGAGUUAAAUUAUACAGACACUCGUCAAAUUUUGAGUCGACUCAAGGAGCACACAAAGCUCGAACGAAUCGAAGGGGGUCAGAUCCUCCCGGCCAUGCACAAACCAGAAGGAAGCACGCAAUUCCAAAAGGCAGACCAGCUUUGCAAAGAGCUAGACUGUGUUAGCGGUGGAUCGCAUAACAGUACUUCACCAAGUGCACUUGACUGGUAG